AUGCCGCAUACGACGGUGUAUAGCCAACAACAUCAAAUCCACCCAUCCCAGCUCCACACUACGACAGCACACAACGCUCACCCGUCCCAUGGCGCUCAGCAUUACCCUCCCCCUCCCGAAACAACGAGGGCUCUUCCCAUGGGCGGUCAUAAUCACAUCAUGCAGCACGAUACCCGCCAUCAGCAGCAGUAUCAGUACCAGUACGCGCCGCACCAGCAUGAUCAACCUCACCAACACCAACAUCAUCAUCUGCAGCAGCAGCAGCAGCAGCAGCAGCAGCAGCAGCAGCAGCAUCAAAGCCCCCAACAUCAACAACACCAGCAGCAGCACCACGCCGGUGGCGCCUCUUCUGCUUCCGAACCUGAUACCGAUUCGGACACGUUCCAGGCUUUGUUGACUGUGGCGGGUACCGAGGCUGUUGGUAUCGGGAUGGGUGUGGGUGUGGGUGUGGGUGAUGGGGUGGCAUCGGGAUCGGGAAGCGGGAGUGGGACCAGCGGGUUGAUGGACGGUGGUGGUGGCGGUGGUGGUGGUGGUGGUGGCGGGAUGCAGCAUAUGCAGCAGCAGGAGCAUCAUCAACGUCGUCAGUAUGAGAAUGGACGUGGUCACUUUGAUCAAACUCACGAGGAGCGUGGUGCUGAUAGGUCGGAUGGUGGGAGGGAGGAUCAUAGAGGGGAGCAAUGGGGUGGUGGUAGUAGUGGUGGGGGAGGACAAGCGGGGGGUGAUAAGGAUUUGGACAUGUUGGUUGAAACCAGUAGCGAGGAUGAUGAUGAGGACGAAGGUCAGGAUGAGUACCAGAAGGCCGCUGCUGCAGUAAGGUUAUCACGAGGACCCACGCCAAUUUGGGGGGAAAGUGGAAGAGAACAACAGUCGGGUGCCAGCGCUAGUGCCGGUGGUGAUGUUGACAUGGACACAACAAAUCCGGGAUCAUGCUUUACAAGCAUCAACAAUAACCGAAACCGCCACGACCUAGUAGCAGCAGCAGCAGCAGGAACCACUAGUAGUUCUUCUACUACAACUACAGGGAACAUCACCACCACCAAUUCAGGUCUAAGCCCACGCUCAGAUGUGGCGGUGAAUACCUCUAUCGAUGGUCAACACCACCGAGAAGGCCAUGAUGUUAGGGAGCAAGUGAGAGUUAUAAAGGACGGAGAAACCGCCGUAGCAGCAGCGGAUGCAAACACUGCAGACGCGACGGAAGAGCCAGAAGGCGAUGAUAAUGAUGAUAUCGAUAUGGAUCUCAACGACGAUAAUGAAAAUGAGAACCGGGAUCAGGAUCAGGAUCAGGAUCAGGACGAGAUACAAGAUCAGGAUCAAGAUCAGGAUCAGGACCACCACCUAAACCCAUCAUCUCCAAGCCUCAAUCCAGCUGAAGAAGAUGGCAUGGAUAUGACUACAGAAGACAUGUCGGAAAACGGUCUCGAUCACCAUGGUCACGGUCUCGAUCACGGCCAGGACAACAGCCACGAUCAUCAGGAACACGAUCAUCAGGAACGUGGUGGUGGCCAGGAUAGGAAUAGGAAUACUAGGGGAGGAUGGGAAAGUAGUACCACCAUCAGUAGUCAUCCUUCUGCUGAUGACGCAGUCGCAGUCUCUGCAGCUGCUGGUCCCGGUGCUGCCAUCGCUGCCGUCGAUCCAGAUGCAAUGGACACCACAACCACAGAAACAGAAACUGGAAUAACCCCAACCCCCGGGACAGCAACAGAAACAACAGGAACAGGAACACCACCUACUCCACCGGCGGCAGCGGCAGCACCGAAUCCCGAACCAGUAACUGGAGAGGAGAAGGAAAGUAGUAGUGGAAGUGCAGGUAAUGGUUCUGCGGGGGAGGCGACGGCGACCGCGACAGCAACAGGGACUGGAGGUGCUGGAGGUGGAGGUGGAGGUGGUGGGAGUGGGAGUGGGAGUGGGAGUGCGAAUGGAAGUGGUAGUGUAAAUGGAAGUGGAAGUGGAAGUGGCAAGAUGGAUGUAAGCCACUUGCUUUCUGGUGACGAUGAUGCCGACGGCAAGGAGGAAAGAUAA